ACUUUCAUCUUUCACGAUCACCUCCAUGCUGCACUCCCCAGCCUCGACAAACGUCAGCCUGCCCACCCAGAGCUUCUGGUCAAAAUUCAAGGGCGGCUCGGGCCCAAAGAAGGAGUCUGACAUGCGCCAACCACAGACUCCCAACAUGGCCCUGACCAGACAACGACUGCUCACCCUCGUCUACGGGGAUAUGGAGACCGUCAGGAUGCUGCCCACAACAUACGCCGAACUCGAUGCCUUGGCCAGAGAUUGGAUCAAACCCCCUCCGGACGCUAUCUUCAGUCUCCGAGUACCCAUCGACUAUGUCCAUAUUCAGACCGCCCGUCUUGUAUCCGGAGACUUUGUAUACUUGACCGGUGAAGACUCGUACCAGAUUGCCAGCUUUGGCGUUCCCGGUCUACGAGUCGAAAUCGUCAGCGAUGGUCCCCCGCCACCCGAUGAACCUCCGACACCACCCCCGCCGCCGGUGCUGGAGAUGCCUGCUACUUUUAACCUUGAGCUUGUACCAGGUCAGCACGUAGCCCUCGACACGACCGUCUCCUCGGACGAACUCGACAUGGCACGGAUGGAAGACGGAACGACGGUCGACGGUAUAUUCUGGGGAAAACUCGACAUCGUACACGACGGCGACAAACACUCCAUGGAAUUCAGCGGGACACGGAUCCAAGCAGACGAGUACAUGCCUGAUCUCAUGGUCGACUCACGAGUCAUCACGAAGCUCGCCGUCGCCGCGAAACCGGCAACGGCGAAGUGUCGACUGAGUCUGCUCGCGCCGGCGGUGCAGUAUGUCGAUGUCACGCUGACGUGUUCGGAUAUGUGGAAGAUGGGGGUUACGUGGCCGCCUGCGGAGAUAUUGGAGGAUGGGAAGGUGAAGUAUUUCUUGAGGGUUCAUCCAGGAGGUGGAUUCGAGCAUUUCGAGACGGAGAUGGUCGCCACUUCUAUAUAUUAUGAAGCGAUGCCUGAGCCAUCGAUGGUUGUUCCCGAAGAAUUUGUAGCACCACGGAGCAGCUUUGCCAUGUCCUUCAGGGACUUCAUCCCCCAUCUCAUGAACGUACUAGACCAGCUCGGCUUGUCCGUCCACGCACGAACCGACUUCAUCAACACCCACCUCCACUCCUUCGCCCAACACAAGAACAUCGCCUACCGCUUCCUCACCCCCGCCAAAAUCGCGGCAGCGAUCGACAUGUCCAUCACCGCCGAAUCCUGCGUCUUCACGCGUCUAUUCCUCAUCUUUCGCGGUCUGACGGAGGACGAGAUGGGGACGUUCGCGGGCGCGGGGGAGAAGGAGGCGAAUGCGAUGAAUUGGAGGGAGGUCGUGGGGUGGACGGAGCUUUCGAAGGAUAAUACGGCGUUUAGAAUCUUGGAGACUUCGGUUUUGGAGGUUACGUGAGUGUGAGUGGGUGAGGGUACUAGGAGGAUGAGGGGUUUGAGGUUUCUUUUUCCUUGUUUUUGUUCUCUUCUGUUCUGUUCUCCUUUCUCGGGUCUGCAGCGCACGCACCUCUUUUGACAUACUACUAUACCAUCUCAUACCUGCCCGCCUCUCGAUCCGUCGUCUGCUCGCUUCUAAGUUCUCUCUCUCUCUCUCCACGCGAUGUCCCCUCUCUAUUCUUCACUAUAUUUGCUGACCGGCUGAAUCUACACACAUGCAUCCGUCCGUCCGUCCGCUCACGAAUCUGCCCUACCUACCCAUCACCCAUGUGCCAGUGUCUGUCCGCCCUUUCUGCAUCAUGAUGUACUUAGUAAACUUCCCCCCAACCCCCCCUCUCUCCUCGUACUUACCUCGUAGCUAUGAAAUGCUUUCGCUUUCGUUGGUCGUCUUCCUGCCAUCCGUCCAUUUCUUCUCAUCCAUUUCAAUCAUCGUGUAGUCGUCGUCGUCCGGUCUAUGUACUGUGUGUAGUUUAAGUAGUCCGUACGCCCCCC